UGCACUCUCCUCCUCUCUUCUCACUCCCCUCCUGUAUUUCUACCCUUUUCUCUCUCCAUUUCACUCCUUUCUCCCUUUCAUCCCUUCUCCCAUCGCUCAGCCCCUCAUUCUCAUUCUCUGCCGCCUCUCCUGCACCGGGUGCCCAUUGGUUGUCAGGAUCCGUCCCCCACCAGCUGCCACCCCUCUCCAUCUGCCGCCCCUGGCCGCCAAGCCCCCCUCUCUGCAGAUUGACGGUGGACCAGGAGAUUUGUUGGGGUCCUCAGAGCCACUGAUGUGGGGCUGAGGGGCCUGACACCCCUGGAUGGCCACGGCCACGAGUGGGCCCUGGGGGUGAGGAGGAGACGUCCCGCAGCAGUCAGGGAUGGAGUGAUGGGCAGGUCCAAGGAAGAAGGACUUGUGGCUCUGCUGAUAGGAUAUUUUAGACUCCCUCCCUUCUGGGACUGCUUUCCUUUAAAAAGGGGAAGGGGAAAACUAUGACACGGAUUCUCACGGUGAAGCAGAGGAAAAUGUGCAUUCCAACGACACGUAAGUACCAGGCAGCUCUGUCUGCUCUUCCCAGCUGUCUCCCGCGGGCAUGAGUCCAUGCAGAAGUUAACUCUGCCACCCCACAGAGGAAACAUUCUGACUCCCAGCUCUGCCAGCACCCUGCCACCUUGCUCAGCCUGCAGUGAGGCAGGGGCUGUCCUGAGCUGGAACAGGACUUUGGCAAACAAGGUGGGGAGGGUGGCAAGGAGGUAGCAAGUUACUGGGCUCAAUGGUCUCUCCUGGCUUUUAGCCCUGCUUUGUAGACAGGCUUUAGCAUCCUCCUCCUCCCAGUCAAUGCAGAAAUGUAGAAAAAUGUCUAUAUAGAUAUAUAGAUACUUAAAUUGGUUGCACCAACUCCCAGCUUCCUCCUAUCUCUCUGCCCACACCUGCUCUCCAGCUGUAUGGGCCAGAUGUAUUCUGGCAGCACCUGUUGGAAGAUCCCAAGUCUCCUUCAACAGAUUCUGUCCACAUCAUUAGGAACAAACCCCAAGCAGAUGCCAACACACUUCAGUCCAAAGCCAGUUUUCCUUGCCACUUUCCACCUAUGCAGGUGCUGCCAGAGCAGUGUGGAUCCAGCCCAAAUUAGGUACUGAUGUUCUGUGGUUGUUCUGUCAAACUAGCCAGGGCAUUUGAUGUGGAGUUUGAGCUGGUAGAUGGUGCCUGACAAAGUUAGUGGGGCACAGAUUGACCACCCCUGCUUAAAGACAAAGUUUGCCCACCAGGAUUGUACGAGCAGGAGAAUUCAUCUUCUGCUCCUUAUAGUGAAUCAGUGUUUCAUAUUGCAUGCUUUAGCAUUUUUAUAGGGAUUUUGGACCUCUGAAGCUGGCUUUAAUGUAUUGCUAAACAACAAUCUGAACAACCAGCUUUGAAGUCUGGACCCCAGAUAUUUUCCCAUAUGCUUUUCAUACCAUCACAGGUGUCCUCAUAUGUAUUUAUCAUUUGUGGGGCUUUAUCUCCAAAUGCCCUUUUGGAAAUUCCUGUGCAUGUAGAAGGAACAUCCUAAAGGGAUUUCUAACAAUGUCCCCACAUUUUAGAGGAUCAUCUUUUUAUGUACAAAUUGUUCUGUUCUCUGUUAAUGUUCACAAGGAUCUUUUUCCUCAGAGUAGACAUUUCCUUCUCCUUCCUCCAACAAAGGCUAAUGGGCACAUAUGUCACUGGAACAGCAGUGGAAAAAGAUCUUAGAGCUUGGAAACAAGUGUCAAAUUGCAUCUUACUCUGUCCAUUCAUUGCAGAUAAUCAUCAUGCAUGGGACAGCCCAGUACUGCAGAACCUCAAGAGGUUGCUAACUGAUCCUGCAGGGAGACUUUCCUCACCUUCUUUUCUGCUUCUGCUAUGGACACUUCUGCUUUCAGCCUCCCCACGCCAACAGUGUCAGAGGAGGGGAAUGCCUCUGAUAGCUGGGCAGGCUUCAUCAGCCCCAACAGCUCCACCACCACCACCAGCCCUGGUGUGGUUGUCAGCGGUGUCCUCAUCCCCGUGGUUUACCUCAUCGUCUGUGUGGUGGGGCUAAUUGGAAAUUCUCUGGUCAUUUACGUGGUUUUGCGACACUCUGUGAGUGAAUCAGUGACCAACGUCUACAUCUUGAACCUGGCCCUAGCUGAUGAACUCUUCAUGCUGGGUCUGCCAUUUCUGGCAGCACAAAAUGCCCUAUCCUACUGGCCAUUUGGGUCCUUCAUGUGCCGCUUGGUGAUGGCCGUGGAUGCCAUCAACCAGUUCACCAGCAUCUUCUGCCUGACAGUGAUGAGUGUUGAUCGCUACCUGGCUGUGGUCCAUCCUGGGAAGUCCUCCAAAUGGCGAACAGCACGAGUGGCCAAGGCUGUGAGUGCCACUGUGUGGAUGCUGUCGUCCAUAGUGGUGCUGCCCGUCGUGGUCUUCUCAGACGUUCCUUUAGGUAUGAGCACAUGCCACAUCCAAUGGCCAGAACCUGCCUCAGUUUGGCGAGCUGGAUUCAUCAUUUACACUGCCACUUUGGGCUUCUUUGGGCCACUGCUGGUGAUUUGUCUCUGCUAUCUUCUCAUCGUUGUGAAGGUCCGUUCUUCCGGCAGGAGGGUGAGGGCUCUGUCCUCUAAACAUAAGCUUUCAGAGCGCAGGGUGACUCGCAUGGUGGUGACUGUUGUGGCUGUCUUCGUCCUCUGCUGGCUCCCCUUCUACGUCCUCAACAUAAUCAAUGUUGUUUGUCCACUGCCAGAGGAGCCGUCCCUCUUCGGUGUCUAUUUCCUCGUGGUGGUGCUGCCAUAUGCCAAUAGCUGUGCCAACCCUAUCAUCUAUGGCUUCCUCUCCUACCGCUUCAAGCAAGGCUUCCGAAGGGCCAUCUUCAGGCAGUCCCGCCGUGUCCAGAGCCAGGAAGUGCCAGAAUGUCCCCCAGAAAAGUCUGAUGAUGAAGGAGAAGAAAAGGAGAUCAGCAAGAUCACCCAGAAUGGCAAUGACAGACAGGAGCGCCCUCUAAGCAGCAGGGCAGGAGAAAGCAAUGAGCAAAAACCACUCCCUGAGGAGCCUGUGGGCUGUGAGAAGAGCAGCAAGCUGCAUGUCAGCUAUUUAUGAUGGAAGGGAUGGUGCAGGGGAAAGAGACUGGGACAUGGGAUCCCUCUGUGCUAUCCUAUCUCAGAGACAAUGUGAGAAGCUGAUACAAGGCAAUAUUACAGAUUAUGCUUCAAGAUGAAGAGGGCUCCAUGAGCUUGUGGAAAAAAAUCCAAAGCAUUGUACUUGGCUUUGGAAGGGACGCUUAAGUUUUGUGUGGCAAGAAGUAAAGGAAGGGCUGGAUCUAGGGAGAGCAGAACAGGAUAUGGGAACAGGCAAUAUGGAGAGAGCAAGGUCUGUCCUAUGCUGCAUGAUUCACCUUUGAUCACCCACCUAUGAAGAGCAUCAGCUACCAUGUGACUGGCACUUCAAGGAAAUGCUCAAAAAGGUAUAAGUGAUGUGUGCCUCUGAAGAUCUAGAACAGGCAUCCCAGUGUCUUGGUUGUCUUCCUGUGGACAUGAGAAGCGGUUUAUCCUGGAGUAAGAACAAGAAGGACAAAUCUCUGCAGCUAAGACCCACCAGCAGCCUGUUGCAUGAAUGGCUGACAUCUUUUUAGCUCUUCAGAAAGUCUUAGGGACAACUUACCCCCUCACUGGUCCUGGCUGGAGACCACUCGAUAAUGAGAAUUACACAGCAGUGCAAAUGGGACAUUUCUUUCCCAAACUCUACAAACGUCAAGCUUUUCUGGUGACUGCACCCUGAUAGAAGACGUAACAAGUAGAAAAUAAGCCAGUGAGGCAUGGGUUAGAGGCAUGUUUCUUAUAAACUGAACUGCCUUUUCUCUUUUUCUCUCCCUCAGCCUGGCUGUAAAUAAACAAAAUG